GUCUUCGAAAAAAGCUUUGCCAAAACAAUUUUGAAAGCGCAGGCGUACAACGGCUUUUUUUUCGCUCCAGCCACGAUUUGUUUUUGUUAUCGUUUUUUUUUUUUUUUUUUUUGAUUUGAUUUCGUUGUAGUGUAAAGUGAAGAGUAUAACGAAUCUUGUGCGUAUUUUAUAGAGUUGUUCUGGUGUUUAUUACACCUUUUGGAUAUUUUGUAAUUUUAUGAUUUUGUGCAAUUUUGCUGAAAGCUAACAAAAACAUGCAGCAACAUUAACAACAACACAGUCAACAGACAACAAAAGUCAACAGCAAUUACGAGUGCUCGCAGCAGGCAUUGAGAGCCCAGGAAGAGCAGCACGCUCGACGCUCGAUGUCGGGGACCACACACAUGGCUCUGCCGGCGCAUGCCGUGGUGCCAAUGCCCAAAGUGGGUCUGCCGUUGGGCAAGCGCGGCCACAAGCGAUCCGUGUCGCUGGAAACAAAUGCGCCGCUAACGCUACGCAGCACACCAAGCCUGAGCAGCAUGGGGCAGACAGCGUUGGGAUCGCCGCUGCUGCAGAUGCCAUCGUCGGGCCAUGGAGCACUGCAUACGGGCACGUUGAAGUCACGCCAGGAGCAGCGCCGCCUCAGUCAGAAGUUUGGCAGUCACAGUAAUCUGGAUGAUGAUGCGAUGACCGGGUCACAGAUGCGCACCAAGUUUCACAAUAUACGCCAAAUGUUCGAGCUGAGUCGCAGUGAGCUGGGCGAGAGCCGGCCGGCCGAGGAGGUGCUGCAGUCGCUGCCGACAAUGCUUAACCAGCCGACGCAGACGCAGACGGUGCGCCGAACAACGCCCAUUGCUGCCGGAAGCCGUCUGGCCAUAAGCGAACAGCAGCAGCAACAGCAGCAACAGCAACUGCAACAGCAACAGCAGCAGCAACAGCAACAGCAGCAGCAACAGCAACAGCAACCGGACGAGGUCAGAGAACAGCUCGGCAACGGUGGUAGUGGUAUCGGUAGCAACUUUCUGCGUCCGAUUGCCUUCAAGCCCAUUCCAUUUGAGCCGGACUACCGCAUUGCCUCCCAGCAGCAGCAUCAGCAGCAGCAGGCAUCCGCACAGCAGCCAGUGUCCGGCGAGCGGUACGGCUACGGAUCGACACCCUCCCUGGUACCGCUGUCCACGGCCACGGCCACGCACAAGUUUGGCAGUACAACAGAUCUGCGCCACCUGGCGGCACGUAGACGCGGCCAUCGAGUUGUUCAGCGCAGCGGCAACGAGGAUGCCCUCGGCCUGGGUCUGGGACUGGGUCUGGGACAUGGUCUGGACUGCCUGGCUGGUCAUGAUAGGCCGGACGGCGCCAGCAGCAAAGGCAGCGCAGUGGCCGCUGGCAGCGAUCUGACGCCCUCGCCCUCGGACUCUGGCAUAUCGGAGCUGGAGGCGGCGCUUAAGGAUCGCGAUUCGGAGUUGUCGUAUCUGCGGCAGGCAAUGGAACAGAAUGAGAAAGUAAUUUUCACAGUCCAAAAGGACAAGGAAGUGUUUUGGGAGCACGAGACAAAGCGCCUGAAGCUCUUCUAUGAGAGCCAGCAGCGCGAGUAUCAGCUGAAGUUCAAGAAAUUGGAGCAGCUACUGGCGUUGCAACAGUUUCAGCUAAAACAGCACAAUUUGCGCCAAUCGGAGCAGUUGCACAAGUUGCAGCAGCAACUCGACCUGACCAGAUGUAGCAACAAGAGCUUAAAGAACUCCGAGCAGCAGCUCCAAUACUCUGCCCAGGAACUCAACCAGCAGUUGAGCGACGCCCAUCAGACAAUAAGUGCUCUGCGUGUCCAGCUGGAGGACAGCGAGUGGAAGGUUUGUGAACGGAACGGGGAGAUAGCUUUACUUAAGACGCAGCUCAAGGAGGCCCAUAUUGAAAUCAAUAUGAAGGAUCAUGCAAUUGUCAGCCUGAGACACAGCAGUAACAUUAGCAAUAUCAACAACAAUAACAACAACAAUAACAACAACUGUAAGACAACCACAUGCCAAAGUCAACCAAAGCAGCAGGCGGAGGAACAACAGCAGCAGCAGCAGCAGCAGCAACAGCAGCAGCAGCAACAGCAGGAGCAACAGCUACAGCAGCUGAACAAGAUCAUAGCGCUCAAGGACCAAGUGAUUGGUGCGCUAACCAACGAGCUGGCCAAGCUGCGCAAGGAGCUAUCCGAUCUGGCCAUUGCCCACGAAUACGGCGAGGAGCCGUGCGGACGGUAUACGCGCCUCAAGCAGCAGCUGGACAAUCUCAAUGAGAUCUGUCAGAAGACGCGCAAAUAUACGACACAGGCAGCGACAGCAGUUGUGACGCCACCAACGGCGCCACAGCAGCAACUGGAUGCAAUCAUGAAGCGACUGCAACUGGAUGAGGGACAGCCGGCACAGCAAACACUGGACACGCUCAUCGAGGAGUCGACCACCUAUGCGGAGGACAUUGCUAAGCUGCGCGAGAAACUCGACGAUUUUCGCAUCAAUCUCGAGCUGGAGAAGCGGCAAUGGUGUGCCGAAAAGGACAAGGUGCUCGGCUAUCAACGGCAGCUGCAGGCCCACUACAUAAACAUGUACCAGAAGCUGCGUUGCCUGGAUAAAGCUGCCACCAACGCAACGCCCGCGGUUGCCGUUGCCGUUGCAACUGUCACAGAGAUUAGCAACCAGAGUUGAACAGAUUCGCAUUCGCAUUCGCCUAUUUGAUGGUAGUUUUGCCGAUAAUUUGCUAAUGCAAUUAGCUACUAUUUUUACACAAACAUAUAGCUAUACCUAUAAAGAUGCUUCUGAUCCAUAUUACAUUAUUAUCCGACUGCAACUGAAAGAGUAACUCCCAGUUGGUUUGCUCAUUUUAGUUCGAGUCUAAACUAUGCCGAGUCUUUACAAAAUCUUUUCGAUACGAUUUUGGAGUAAGUGUUUUCAUAAUCGAAAUAUGUAUUUGUAUAAUUGUGUAUCUUGCCUGUGUGAAGCAGCAAUCUUUACUGUUAUAAUAAAUGAAUACACUUAAACACAUUUGACAAACUUAAUUCAAAAACUAAAGCACAAAUUUAAUGAUUGCUUUUAAGAAAUCGAUUGUGAAUCUGCCUAGCAAAAGGAAAGUAAAACGCACCCAGCAAUAUACAGCAAUAUGAAUAUCAAAACUAAAUGCAAUUAUUAUUUUUGAUAUAUUUUUAAUCUAUCAAAUCUAU